AUGGAACGUAAAGGAGCCUUUGUGUUCACAGAAAUAAAAGGUGGUCAUACCACAGAGCCAGACCUUCUCUUCUCUGCGGACAAAAAUCCAGAAGCCUACAAGGGAUGGCUGAGCACAUUACCACAAAACCCAGAUAUCGUGUCAUAUUCCCUGGACUCUCUGCAUGAGUUACUACCUAGCACGAGCAAAGUCAGAAAAAACCUGCGCUCUGCCAUUAGCCAUUACAUCCUGGAGAAAGGCCUGUGGAGAAACUGCACUGAUCGCUGUAAGGCUGGAAUUAGAACCGACUCGCGGGAUGCCUGCGUCUGCCAGUGCCACAAUGACCCUGCCGUGAACCAAGAUUGCUGCCCUGUUCGUAAGGGAAUGGCACGGGUCAUCAUAACAAUACAGCGGGCCUCUGGUCUGUGGGGGGACUAUUUCACCGGUACAGAUGGAUACGUGAAGGUGAUUUUCAACAAAUUGGAAGUCCGGCGUUCUCCUGUCAUUUAUAACAACAACAACCCACACUGGGGCAUGGUCGUCGACCUGGGCUCAGAGGAUAUUUCAUCAGCUAAACUGAGAUUUGAAGUUUGGGAUGAGGACAACAAGUGGGAUGAUGACCUGUUAGGAGCAUGUGAGCCACUUCUGACUGCUGGAGUUAAAGCGGAUCUCUGUAAUCUGAACCACGGCCAACUGUUCUACAAAGUGGAUGUGCAGUGCGCUCCAAGUCUGAGCGGAAAGUCGUGCACGGACUAUAAACCUUCACCUAUGAAUUCAAGUCUGAAGAAGUUCUAUGUGUCCCGUCACGCUCGUCCUAUUCCAGAGGCCAUCCUGUCAGAGAUGGGUGUGUUUGUGGACCAAUCAAGUUCAUGGAAAAAUCAGAGCAUUACUACCGAGAGUCCCAAGUAUGAUAGUGUGAUGCGGUGAAGAAGAAUUGGCUUCGCUAAGUAGUUAAGUGUUAGGAUACCUGGGUGGUUGACCCAG